AUGCUCAACGCGACCUCGACCGCCGAGGCCUCUGCGCCGCACUUCGCGUCGCCCCUCCCGAGCGCGAGCUACCCAGCGUACCACGUGCACCGCGCCGACCUCGUUCCGGGCAUGUCGGACAAGGUCCUGUCGCUCGUCGCGCCCCUCGUCGUCUACUGGGCCUUUUCGCUCUUCUUCCACCUCCUCGACUCGCUCAACUGGGCCGCGCUCGAGCGACACCGCAUCCACGAGCCGGACGAGGUCAAGACCAAGAACCGCGUCACGCCCGCCGAGGUCGUCAAGGCCGUCGUCCUCCAGCAGGUCAUCCAGACGGUCGUCGGCUUCGUGUGGCUCGUCAGCGACGAGGAGGUCGUCGACCCGGCGGGCGACCUCAACCAGCUCGGGCGCACCGUCGCCAAGGUCGUCGUCGGUGCGGCGGGCACGAGGGCCGGCGGCGAGUGGAUGGCCAAGCACGGGCAGCGCGCGACCGAGCUCGUGUACUGGUGGGUGUGGCCGACGGUGCAGAUGGCGUUCGCCUUCUUCGUCCUCGACGGGUGGCAGUACAUGAUGCACCGCACGGCGCACCAGGUCACGUUCCUGUACCGCACCGUGCACAGCUGGCACCACCGCCUGUACGUCCCCUACGCGUACGGCGCCCUGUACAACCACCCGCUGGAAGGGUUCGCGCUCGACACGUGCGGGUCCGGGCUCGCGCACGCCAUGGCGGGCCUCUCGACGCGCCAGGCCGUCCUCUUCUUUGGCCUGUCGACGCUCAAGACGGUCGACGACCACUGCGGGUUCGCCUUCCCGUGGGACCCGCUGCAGCACCUGUUUGGCAACAACGCCGACUACCACGACAUCCACCACCAAGUCGCCGGCCUGAAGAAGAACUACUCGCAGCCGUGGUUCAUCUCGUGGGACAUCUUCUUCAACACGCGCAUGACGCGCGCCGAGUACCAGGCCAAGCUCGCCAAGCGCCUCGACGACGGCGAGGUGCCCAAGAGCGUCGUCAACGGGCCCAACGAGCUCGCGGCGCCGCCGACGAGCGAGCGCGACGGCAUGGCGCUCAAGGAGAAGGUCAACUGA